ACAUCAUACAAAAACAAUGGUGAACUAUGAAUGUUUCUUGGUGAAUUGAAGCAGCUGAUUGAAACAUAAAUGUUGUUUUCAUGAAGUAAUAAGAUUUAGUGAAUUAUAACUUUAUUUAUUUUUUACAUUUGAAAUGCAUAGUGUUUGCAAAACACUUCAAUUAAGCUUAUCGCCACAAAAACUUUGCAAAUGUUUCAGGAGCGCAUUAAAAAAUGAACCUAACCUAGUUUUUAAAAGAUCAGUUACAAUAUUGGGAAUAGAGACAAGUUGUGAUGACACAGGAUGUGCAAUUGUAAACAAUGAAGGACAUAUUCUUGGAGAAUCACUUCAUUCACAGCAAGAAAUACAUCUCGAGCAUGGAGGAAUAAUUCCUCCAGUAGCCAGAGAUCUGCACAAGGCAGCCAUACAGAAUGUGGUCAAAAAGGCAUUGGAUGCUGCCAACAUGAAAAUUGCUGAUGUUGAUGCCAUCGCUACAACUCUUAAACCUGGACUUCCUUUGUCUUUAAUUAUUGGAAUGCAAUACGGAAAGCACUUAUCAAAAAUUUCAAAAAAACCUUUCAUUCCAAUACAUCACAUGGAAGCCCACGCUCUCACCAUUAGGAUGGUUGAACAGGUGGAGUUCCCAUUCCUGGUGUUGCUGAUCUCUGGAGGCCACUGUCUUUUGGCUGUUGCACAGUCAGCCACACACUUCCAGCUGAUUGGUCAGAGUCGAGAUGACGCUCCUGGAGAAGUUCUGGACAAAGCGGCAAGACGGCUAAAACUAAGGAACAUCUUGGAAUUCCGCUCAAUGAGUGGGGGCCAAGCCAUAGAGUUGGCAGCAUCCAGAGGAAACCCCAAAGCUUACGAGUUUGGCAUCCCCAUGCGCACUUACAGAAAUUGUGACUUCAGCUUCUCUGGCUUCAAGAACUCAAUCCACCGGAUCACAAUGGCUGAAGAGAAAAAGUACGAAGUGACCGGAGGCCAGACAAUACCUAAGCCCGUCCUCUAUGACGUGUGUGCUAGUCUCCAACACAGUAUUGCCAUACAUAUUUGUCAUCGAGUGCAGCGUGCCAUCGAGUAUGCCAACCUUAAACAACUAAUUCCUCCUAACAGACGGAACCUGGUUAUUUCUGGAGGUGUGGCAUGUAACAAGUAUAUCAAGCGAGCAGUGGGUGUUGUGUGUAGAGAGAUGGACUACAGUGUGAGAGUUCCCCCUCCACAUCUCUGUACCGACAAUGGUAUCAUGAUCGCGUGGAACGGCAUGGAGAGGUGGCGUGUGCAAGAUGGUAUCUACCAGCAUGACAAUCUUGACUGCCUCGAUAUUCAAGCAAGGUGUCCCCUUGGUCAAGAUCUCUCCGAAGAUGUGUCAAAGAGUGAAAUAAAGUGUAAAUGGAUCUCUUUGUCUGAACUGUAUGCAGAUAAUGUCACAGAAACAUUAGUUGACGCUGUCAAAACAUAAUAACUGUAGAAAAAGUUCUAAUAUAGGUUUUGGAAGUAUAUGGAGUUCCUCGUAUCAUGAUUGUGAUAAUAACAAUGAUAACAAACAAUGAUAAUACUUCAAGAUAUGCACACAGUUUGAGUUUGUGUCAAUUACCAUCUAAAUUUCAUUAAAUAUUGGUAUUUUUUUCAUUAAAUGAUUCUAAAGUGGAAUCUGUACAAAACUGA